GGCUGAUUUAGUAUAUUAAACCAGGAGAUCAAAUAAUGUCUGUCAAUGGUGUGGAUGUGCAAAAUGACCACUUCUUAACUGUUGUUGAUUUAAUUCAGUAUUCUAAUGGUCCUGUUGAUCUUCUCAUUGGAAAAAACAAUGAUUUUUCUCCUGACAUAUCUGUCUUCUCAAACAAAGAAAUUACCGAGAAAUCAUUUGUGAAGUCCAAAGCAUGGAUAGUGGGAAGUGAAAAUACUACUGAAUGCAUGUCUCCUGAUAGCAAGAGUGAAAAGAACAAGACUUACAUCGAUACUCCUAUUCCAAUACCCCGAAAAAAAUGGGUAGAAAGAAAAGAAAAUUCUAUUAGACCAAUGAAUUUUGAUGCUCCAGAUCUGACAAUCAACCAUUCCACAAACUUCAGCAAUAAUGAAUCACAAAAUCAAGACAGUGAUAGCAUUGAUUUAAAUGGACAUUUUAACUCUAAAAACUGUAACAUUCCAGAUAUUAUUGCUUCACAAAUUAAACAUGGUUUUGAAACCUCUCCAUUCAGCAGAGAUGAAUGCCUUGAUAGUGAAGAAAGUUGUCCAACUGUAGCCACUCUAGAUGCAAAUGAUUUUCUUCCAGGUGAAGUUUACCAUGUAGUACUUGACAAGAAAGGGGGAAGCUCUUUGGGCUUGUAUAUUUAUCAAGACUUGGAAUCAACUUGCUCAGAACAAGGAGAUAUAUAUAUUCAUUCUAUAAUUCCAAAUAGUCCAGCUGAGUUAGAUGGCAGAAUACAACCAGGUGACAGAAUACUUGAAAUGAAUGGAGUCCUUUUAGAAAACCUCUCUUAUCAAGAGAUUGUUACAAAAAUCCGAGAAAGUCCACAGGUUGUUCAUCUUGUUUUAGAGAAGGGUAAACCAAUCGAAACUAAAUGUUUAAGAAAUGAAAUGCAUCAGAAAGAAACUGAUUCUGUUAUAAGUGACCUUACUGAACCUAGUUCUACAAAAGACUUCAGUUCUCUAAGAGCUAAUAAGACUCAAGAAAAGUCUAAAAAUGACUAUAUAAUUCCAACGCCCUUUGAAUUAUCAAAUGAAUUGGUCAGUAAUUCAACUGAUAAUUCAUUUUCAUCCCUGCCUACCUCUACAGCAAGUCCAACUUCACAUAGUGCCAAAGAAAGAAAUUCAGCACCAUCUUCAUAUCAACACAAUAGUUCCAACAAAAAUACUGUAUCAGAUGGAAUCUCAUCUUUAUCCUCAGCACAUUCAGAUGUGGGAUUUUCUAGCAAACUAAAUAGUGCAAAAGGUUUUUCUAGUCAUCCUCAUGCCAAAGUCAGAAACCAAAGUAAUGAUGGUUGCCGAACUCCAAAAGCAAAUCCUAAUUCUUUAACAUCAUAUAAAAGUACUCCAAAUCUUGCUGAUAAUUCAGAUGAAGAAGAUAUUAGUAAAUCACAUUACUUAAAUAAAAGCUAUGAUUGCUUGCUUUCUCCACUUUUUAUGCAUCCUCAUCAAGCUUUGAUAGAUUUCUAUCAGAAUUAUUCUUAUAUAAGAGGCUCCUCAAGUAAUAUACACCAAAUACCUGCUGUCCCUAUUAGGAAAAAAAAGUUGAAAAAAAUUGAAGAUAUAUACAAUUACAGCAAUUCUGAAAAUACUUUCUAUGUUUCAAUCCGCAAAAGCAGUCGUGGACUUGGCUUGAGUAUAUUAGGUGGACGGGAUGCUUAUAAGAAUGAUCCUUUCUCACAGUUGAUUAGAAUACGUAAACUCUACCCUCUGCAGCCAGCUUUGGAAUGUGGGAAAUUAGCUAUAGGAGAUGUCAUAUUAGAAGUUAAUGGUACUAAUAUGAUUGGGUUGACAAAUACUGAAGCAUUAGAAGUAUUACGAUCUGCACCUAUGGAUGUAGUUCUGAAAGUAUUUCGCCCAUCAAAAUCUCUUAUUCCUUCAUUUUCUACAUAUAAAGGUGCUAUCUGGCCAUUAUUUGAUUCGUCAUCAAGUUCUGCAAGUAGUUCUCUUUCCCACAGAGAAACUAAUUCAUAUAAUGUUGAGACAGGGGAAUUUGAAGUUACUCUUGUAAAAAGAGGAGGUAGCUUGGGAUUCACUAUCUCAAAGAAAGAAAUCUCCAGUGAAAAUCCAACAGAGGGCAUAUAUGUUAAAGCUUUGGUGAGAGAACCUGCUGCGUCAGAUGGCCGAAUUCAACCUGGAGAUCAGAUUUUGGAGGUUAAUGGGACUACCAUAUCUUCAAUGUCUCAUUCUGAAGCUAUAUCAUUUUUAAGAAAUACGCCAAAUGCAGUUACUUUGAAACUCUACCGUGGUGAAACUAAUGCAACAAGUGGAGGCUUAGAAGAUUAUCACAUAUCAAAACCUUUACGUUGGGAAGCUCUAGAACUCUUAAAUGAUCGAGUUAAGCAUAAAGAUCAUGAAGAAUAUAAUACCUUGAAAAAGAAAAUUAAAAAGAAACUGGCAAAUGUUUCUAAUGCUCCCAGCAAUUCAUCAACAGAAAGUGGAAGUACUAGUUCUUCUAGUGGCCAAGAGCACGUCAUUGAUGAAAGCUUAGAAACUAGUAUUUCUGAAGAUCUUGCUUUAGAAGGAAUCGGACUUCUGCGUAAUCAAAGGCCAAAAUCGCUAGAUGUAUUGAAUUCAUCAGAUAGAAAACAUUGUUCUGGUUUUACAGAAGAAGAUGUAUUCCAUCGUCAGUCUAGUGUCAUGUGUCCUAAUGUUGAGCAGAAAGUCAAGAGUGAAAGUAGUCAGAAUGAAAGUCCUACUAAGAAAGGAGGAAAAAAUCUACUGAAAUGGAGGGGUAGCACUUUGCCUGAUUCUGAAGAUUCAAAUAGUUUAACUGGCCAUGAAAUGUUUAAUAUUUCUUCUCAAAGUAGUUGCACAGCUGACACUAGAAAUUCUGUUGAAUUAUCCUCUGAUGAUGAAAAACCUGUACCUUAUCCUAGGACAACCAGCUAUAAAAGUGAAUGGGUUAAUUCAUUUGAAGUAUGCUUGGAUAGGGGUUGGCAUGGACGACUAGGUUUCAGUCUUUUUGAUCCACCACCUGUUGAACCUGAUUCUCCUAGAAACUUGUUGCCCAUUUCAGCAGAAGUGAAAGCAGUUUAUCCUGGCAGUUUAGCUGAUAAAGAUGGAAGAAUAAAAGUUGGAGAUCGUAUAGUUGAAGUGAAUAAAGAAUGUUUGCUGAAUAAAUCUGCAACUGAAGUCAUUGAUAUUUUACGAAAAACCAGAGGAGUUACUAAAAUGAUUUUUUGCAGGUUGGAAAAAAGGUCCUGAAGUGUCUAUAUAGCUGAAUUUUCUAGUCAUAAGCUGUUAUUAGUCAGAUCUGAGCCAUAACUAAGUUUAUGCCAUAUGUAAUUCACCACAGCUGUACCAGAUAGAUAAUAUUCAUUUAACAGAAAUUUUAGAAUCUCAUUCAUACUUGUAUAUUCUGAAUCAUGUUCACUUUCAUAUAUUUUGGACUUUAAAAAAAUCACCUUCAUGCUUGUAAAUUAAUAUCUUUACAAAAAUCUAUCUGCAUUAAAUUAUUUACACAAAGAGCAAGUAUAUCUUUAUAUUUACAGUUUUCUUAUUACUGCACUUUUUAAACUCACGUUUGAAUUAUUUGUAUAUAUUUUCAUGAAUAUUAAGCCUGGUAUUCUUUAUACACUAUUUUACUCUGGCCACGUAAGCAUUUCUUAUUUGCGUAGUGCCUGGGGAUUAUAACUCUAAGAAUAAAAGGAUGAUGCACUGAAGAUACUUAGUGUAUUUAACAAUUUUAUUUCUGUAUUUAGAUUCAGUUGUUUAUUGAAGUCAAAUAUUAAGUAUUACAUUUGUGUGUACUAUGCUCAUUUUCUUUCUUUGAACAUAUCAGUUACAUGUUAGUUUAUAAAUAAUUGUUAUGUAUGACUAGACCAAAAAGUGCAUUUUAAAGCAGAAAAUAUUUAUUUGUAUCUAUCUUUGUGUUUGUAAUGAUAUUUUUAUACAUAGUUUCAUAAGUUAUAAGUGUAUAUAAAUGAGAGGACAUGUAAGUGUGAAUGAAUAUACAUAUCUGACUAGAGUAAUAAUACAUUUGUCAAAUUUAAAAUAAUUCUUGCAAAAAUUUGAGUUAAGUGUUUUAUGUGUAUUGCUUUGCAUCUUAAAUUUUUUAUCAUACUUAUAAUACAAUUAGAAAUUUUUUUACCACUUUUUCCCGCAGUUUUGUUCUGUGUCCCAAACUAUAUGUGUAAUAUCUGCAAAAUGAUUUCUUAUUCCAAAUUGUUUAUUUGGCAAAUAAAAUUUAUUAGUGUAUCAGUUUAGAAAUCAGAUAUGGAUAUUAUUUAUAUAUGAAAAUGGGUUUGAUCAUCAUAAAAUUUAUCAAUAUUUUUCUGUACAUCUCUAAACAUACUUUAGAUGUCACUUUGUAAAAUUUCCCCAAAACGUUAGUUAAAAAUGGAUUUACAUUUUAUUUAAAUACAUAUAUGUACUACAUUUGUAGAUCACUGAUGAAUUCUAUUUUUGAUGUAUUUGUAUUAAUUGUGUGAUUGUAGAUAUAUCUUUGCGUAUUUUGAUGUGUAUAGGAUUUUAAUGCAUUAUUAUUAAGAAAAUAAAAUCACUUUUUUGUGAGAUGUA